AUGUUUUGUGAGGCGUGUCACAAACGAUUUGGCAACAGCAAUGCCUAUGAAAAUCAUUUGACAUCCAAAAAACACAAGGAUGCGAUUGUGAAGGCGCCUGAAAGUCGUGGUGUAAAGGCGAGGACGAAGUCAGAAACGGAGAAGAUUCCAGAAAUUCCGGAUCAAGUUGCUGAGGAAGAGGGAGAUGAAGAUGAUAUGGAAGUUGAAGAAGUGGAUUCAGAUGAGUGGGAAGAAGAUGAGGAAGGGAUCCCGGUGGAGGAUUGUUUGUUCUGUUCUCACCACAGUCGCAAUAUUCAGGCCAACCUAUCCCACAUGAUGACGGCUCAUUCAUUCUUCAUCCCUGACGUUGAAUACCUGACCGAUGUCGUUCCUCUAUUGAAUUAUCUUGGAAGAAAAAUUGGAUUACGUUUCCAUUGCAUUUGGUGCUCCAAUGAGAAGCGAUUUACGUCGUUGGAUGCAGUGCAGAAACACAUGACGUCUUUAGGUCAUUGCAAAAUGAGACACGAUGGCGAUGGUUUGGCGGAGUAUAGUGAUUUCUACGAUUACACUUCGAGCUAUCCCGACAAAGAAGAUGCAGAACCGGAGGAGGAAAUUCGAUUGACCAGUUUGGACUCAACAGGGUUUGAGUUAGCGCUUCCGUCAGGUGGUGUUAUUGGUCACAGAUCCUUACUUCGAUAUUACAGGCAGAAGAUUCCGAAUCGAAAUCCAAUGGUGAAUUCGAGGAAAGUUUUGAAGGAUGUAAUAUCCAGUUACAUGUCUCGAGGAUGGACUGCAACGGAUCGAAAACUUGCCGCCCAGAAAGCGAGAGACAUCAAGUACAUGAGCAGGAUGCGGCAGAAGGAAUUCGCCGCCGUCGGCAUCAAAGGAAAUAAGUUGCAGCGUCAUUUCCGAGCUCAGACAAAUUUCUGA